AUGCGGCAGUUCCCCGCGGUGGUCCGGAUGGGUGUCGGCGGCGGCGGCGCGGGGGCCGGCGUGGACCCCGAGCGCUGCCGCUUCCCCUACUGCGUGGUGUGGACGCCCAUCCCCGUGCUCACCUGGCUCUUCCCCAUCAUUGGUCACAUGGGCAUUUGUACAUCAGCUGGAAUCAUACGAGACUUUGCAGGGCCUUAUUAUGUCUCUGAAGACAACAUGGCUUUUGGGAAGCCUGUCAAGUAUUGGAAGCUAGAUCCAAAUAAAGUAUAUUCCUGUGGCCCCAAUGCUUGGGAUACAGCAGUCCACGAUGCCUCUGAGGAGUACAAGCAUCGUAUGCACAACCUCUGCUGCGACAACUGCCAUUCACAUGUUGCGCUGGCCUUAAAUCUCAUGCGCUACGACAACAGCAGCUCCUGGAAUAUGAUCAAACUGUGCUUCCUCUCCCUGUUAUACAGCAAGUACGUCAGCAUAGGAGGAUUUGUGAUUUGCAUAUGCCACACCCCCUGA